GACCCCCAUUUUUUAUGUUAGAGAGAGAAGUUUCUCCUUCCAAGAAUAAUCGAAUUAGAGCCUCUUCGUUUCUCUCUCGACUGUCAGGGGGAGAGACAGAGUUACUUCCUUGCCACAGAGGUACAGAGAGUAAUUUCCUUUCCACAGAGAACCGAAACACAUAAUUCCCACAUUUUGAUCCCUUUCUGCUGGAAAUUAUAGAGAGGGAGAGCAGCAUUCUUGGGGAAGGAAAAAAGUUGCAGAGCUCUUCCACAUUUGGGUCUCUCUGUUGAAAUACAUAGAGAGAGAAAGUGAAAGAAAGUUGCAGUCUUGGCAUAAAGAACCGAAUCAGAGUAGUUUCACCAUUUGAGGUUCUUUGCUGGAGGAUUCUGGGAGUUCGUUUGGAUCGUCCUUUCUUGGAAAUCUCUAACCCUCUGGUUCUUAGCUCACCCAAACCAAAGAAACCCGAUUACUGAGCCAUCACAAUACAAUUCAGCUUCUGGAUUUCCUCCUCUGCCGAUUUUAGAGAGAGAAAGCACACCCCAUCUGGUAAAUCUCUCACCGCAACAAAAUUUUGGUGUUCUUGAGGAUUGCUCUUCUUUGAAAUUCUGGAGAGGGAAAGCGACAGAGAAAUACAUCGAUCGGGAAAGAGAGAGAAUGGGUGGUGAAGCAGGCAGUAGCAGCGGGGGAAAGAAGGAGUUGAGAUGGAAACUGUUGCCUGAGGAUUACGAUUGUCUGGGCGUGAAAACCGCGGCGGAUGGUAAGUUCGAGACGGUUGUGUAUGAUGAAAACUCACCUUCGAAAUUUGCGAUAAAGAGUUUCAAUAGCUAUGGUGAGGCGUGUCGUGCAAAUGGGGUUUGUCGGAAGAACCAUCCCAUUGCCUUAAUUCGUGCGUUGAACAAGAGGAUGAUCUGGCGUAUGGAAGAAGUGGGAGAGGAUGAGAGAGAAAGUGGAGGAGAGAGAGAGCUUGGAGAGAAGGGGAAAGGGGUGAAGAAGAAGAAAGGCCUGUUUCAGAAGAUCAAAGAUGGCUUCAAGAAGAUGUUGGUUUUCAUGUCUAAAAAGAAGGAGGAUUGAGGAAAGAGAAAAAAGACAGAGAAAUAUAGAAGUUCUGUAGAAGAGAAAUUAUAUGCCCACAACCAUGGUUGUCUGAGAUUUAGCU